CUGUGGUUUGUGGUUGUUCUUGUAAAGUAAAAUAUUUCGUGGUUACUUAGUUCCAGUCUAAAAACUUAUGUGUUAAAAAAUGUCGAUUUUAGCAAGCCCUUUAUCAGUUGCCGGUUCCCGAACAUCGGGAACUCCGGUACGCGCUCAAAAUGUAAUGGCAGCGGCAACUAUUGCAAACAUAGUAAAGAGCUCUCUAGGUCCUGUGGGUCUAGACAAAAUGUUAGUAGACGAUAUAGGAGACGUAACUGUUACGAAUGAUGGGGCCACUAUUCUACGUCUUUUGGAAGUAGAACACCCCGCCGCGAGAGUGCUUGUGGAAUUGGCUCAACUUCAGGAUGAAGAAGUUGGAGAUGGUACCACAUCUGUCGUUAUAAUCGCAGCAGAGUUACUAAAGAAUGCAGAUGAAUUGGUAAAGCAAAAAAUUCAUCCAACGUCAAUAAUCAGCGGAUAUAGGUUAGCUUGUAAAGAAGCCUGCCGGUAUAUACAAGACCAUCUUACAAUUCCAGUUGAAGAGCUCGGAAAAGAAUGCAUCAUCAAUGUUGCUAAAACUUCCAUGAGUUCAAAGAUUAUUGGAGCUGACGCAGACUUUUUCUCCGCAAUGGUGGUUGAUGCUGCCAAUGCCGUCAAAGUCAACGAUGUAAGAGGAAACGCUAUGUAUCCUAUAAAAGCGGUGAAUGUCCUAAAGGCACACGGUAAAAGCGCCAGGGAAAGUUUCCUCGUACAAGGCUAUGCCUUGAACUGCACUGUGGCCAGUCAGGCUAUGCCCAAGAAAAUCGUCAACGCCAAAGUAGCUUGCUUAGAUUUUUCUUUGCAAAAGGCCAAAAUGAAGAUGGGGGUGCAGGUUCUAAUAAACGAUCCUGACAAAUUAGAAGGGAUCCGUACAAGGGAACUUGACAUCACCAAAGAACGUAUCCAGAAAAUCCUAGCGACAGGCGUCAACGUAAUCCUCGUAUCUGGGGGAAUCGACGAUUUGUGUCUGAAAUACUUUGUCGAGCACGGUGCCAUGGGUGUGAGGAGAGUGAAGAAAGCAGAUCUGAAACGUAUCGCUAAAGCCACAGGAGCCACAUUCCUAACAUCCCUUACUAAUAUGGAAGGUGAGGAAUCGUUCGACUCGAGUAUGGUAGGCGAGGCGGCGGAGGUGGUUCAAGAACGUAUCUCCGACGACGAGCUUAUAAUCAUUAAAGGACCGAAGGCCCGCACCGCGGCCUCGAUCAUCCUCCGAGGCCCCAACGACUUCUACUGCGACGAAAUGGAGCGUUCCGUUCACGACGCCCUGUGCGUCGUCAAAAGAGUGCUGGAAUCUAAGAGCGUAGUGACCGGCGGAGGUUCCGUCGAGGCCGCCCUUUCUAUCUACUUGGAAAAUUUCGCCACUACGUUGAGUUCUAGAGAACAGCUGGCCAUCGCCGAGUUCGCGAAGAGCCUCCUCAUAAUACCGAAGACCCUCGCGGUGAACGCCGCUCAGGACGCCACGGACUUGGUGGCAAAACUGAGGGCCUACCAGAAUUCGAGCCAGACCAAAAAGGAUCACGCUCAUCUGAAAUACGUCGGUCUCGAUCUUAUCAACGGUACCGUUCGGGAUAACAAGAAGGCGGGCGUGCUUGAGCCGACCAUGUCGAAAAUUAAGUCGUUGAAGUUCGCUACGGAAGCGGCUAUUACCAUUUUGAGGAUCGACGACAUGAUUAAACUCGACGCGGAACAGAGAGGAGGGAAGAACUAUCAGCAGGCCAUGGAAAGCGGAGAAUUAUACGAUUAGUUUUAGUUUCAUAAUUUAUUACUAAUUAGCCUCGUUUACACAUUAAUAUUGCAUUUUGGCACUAAUCGUGUUCUUUUUUUUUAAUA